UCUAUAAACUCCUUGCUAAUUUGAAGAAGUAGAGAAAAAAUGAUGCAUCGUUGUAGUGGGAGUAUGGUUGGUCCAUGUUCAUGCGGUCUGUUUCAUAACCAAACCGGCACUACUUCUUCAUCUGCAUUCUCAAUGCUCUUCCCCGAUGAAUAUUCGGAAAACAUGUACUGUUUUGCCCCUUCAUCUGUCGAUUGUACUCUUUCCUUAGGAACUCCUUCUACUCGCCUUAUCAAUGACGACAAUCAUGAAAAGAGAUCAUCAGUUUACUCUAAUAAUCAUGAACGUCGUCGUUCUUCCUCUAAUUGCAUGUCCAAUUUCUGGGAUAUUCUUCACCCCAAACAACAUCUUACUACUCCUCCUUCCGCUCAAUACAAGUCCACUCGUGCUCCCAACAACAACUCUACUACUACUACUGAUCCCCUUGUUGCUCGCCGCUGUGCUAACUGUGACACCACUUCUACACCUCUAUGGAGAAAUGGCCCUAGAGGACCUAAGUCACUUUGCAAUGCGUGUGGAAUUCGUUUUAAGAAGGAAGAGAGAAGAGCGAGUGCAGCAACAGCGACGGCUAACGGUGGAGGGGGAAUGGAAACGACGACGCAUAAACACUGGGUUCAUCAUCAUCACCAUUCACAGCCUACAAAAAUGCCUUGUUUCUCUUCAGCUAGUUAUGGAAAUGAUCAGUUCAGGUUCAUUGAGGAUAAUGAGCAUCACCGUGACUCCGAUGCUACGGCCACCGGCAUCCCGUUCUUUCCUUGGCGUCUCAAUGUUGCUGAUAGGCCUAGCCUUGUUCAUGACUUUACUAGAUGAUUUUUUUAAAAAUUAAAAGUAGGAUCAAGGUUUAAUUAAUUUCAAGAGAAGGAAAAAAUUAAAACGGGAGAUGAGGCCAAUUGAUGACGUGUCAUGAUGAUGGUGGGCUAUGGUUGAAGAAAUUCUUUAUCUUUUACUGAUGUUUUCUUUUUUUGGUCCAUCGUCUUUCAUAUAGAGAUGGAGUGAAAAUGAGUUAAUUCUAAUGUUUUUAUGUUUCUUGGCUUUUUUCUCUCCUUUUUGGGGACUAGUUGUUAUAUACAUUACUCCUAGUAUCUUUAACUUUUCACUUUGAUGAUGAUCAGUCAUAUAUAU